CCUGUAUCGGUGAUUGUUCCUCGAGACCUUCAUGGCCUCAGAGCUCCCACAGCUACCGAUCCUCCGUGUCCUGCAGCUUUCCCACUCACAUCACCUGCACACCAACCCAGAGCGCGAACUCGCACGAGCUGUCAACAGCCGAUCAGCGCCACAACUCGGCACGCGAUAUUUCCCUUGAUUGAACUGCACCGAUCCUCGACCCGGUUCCUAAGAUAAUGCUGUCCUCCGGGUGCUCCGCUGUCUUAACAGCCAUGACGCUGUCUCUGGCGGUGCGAGCUGCCGACCUCCAAAACAUGUUUCUCUACCCAGAGCUCGGCGCGGUGUUUUCCAACGGCGAUGCGAUCCAAGCCAAGUGGCAGUCCAACUUUACCAACCCCACAUUAACAAUGUGGUGUGUUGCGCCAGGUGAUGAUGACAUCCUCAUGAAGUACCAGAGCAGCGCCGACGUGCCCUCAUUCAACGGCACAAAGGCGGUCACACUUGACCUCAAAAACAUAGAAGGCUGCUGGUUCAUGCUGAGCGCCGAAAAAGAGAAAAGUUUCAACAGCAUAAAGUGGAAGCUGGCGAACAAUGGUCUGCCAGUCACGUCCUCCACGGCGGGUGCGACCACGACCACGAGCACAAGCACGGGCACAGUCGCAGGCGGUAACACGACCCCAACAUCAAUACCCACCUCCAUGUCUACACCGGCCCCAGGCAACGGCCAAGAAAGCCCCGCACCCUUGGCAACGACCGACGGUGCCGACAUGUCCACAGCCGCCAAAGCUGGGAUCGGCGCAGGUAUUGCGGUCGCGGCCCUCCUCGCCAUCGCCGGGCUCGCCAUGUUCCUUCUCGGACGGCGGAAGAUGAAGGCGGCGAAUGAGAUCACGCACCAGUACGAACAACUCCACCAAGGCCAGCCCCGACAACAGACCCACGGACAGAAUUCGUCUGCGCCGUCCAUGAGCCAUGACGGGAGCACACUCUAUGCGGGCCAGACAGCGGGUGUUGGUCCCUACGAGGCAGUCAGCUCUCAUAUCACGGGCAAGGAUGUGGUGCUUGAGAUGACGAGCUCGCCUGCGCCUGCUUACGGCCAGGUAUCGCCGUUGCAGGAGCAGGAGCGGGAGCAGCACAGCUGGCCGGAAUUGGCGUCGAGGGAGGCCCCAACGGCGGAGCUGCACCCUGUUCAUCUGUACGAGAUGCCCGACCAUAACGUGGCUGGGAAGCGGUAGGGCCAGCUGUGGACGAAGGCCGAGAUUAUUGCCAGUAAUACGUG